AACAAACAAGAAAAAGGAAGGCAAGAAAAUAUGACCAAAGUUUGAGCCCCACUUCUAAUCCCAUGAAUUUUUAGUAUUUCUUAAUUUCUUUCAUGGACCAACACCUCCCUCAUUCCACACAAUCCCACCACCACUCCGCCACCACCGCCGCCGCUUCCACUUCUUCCGCCGCCGCGCAGUCCUACCACCUACUCCACCGCCUCCAUGGAGCUUCUUCAUUCCCAUUCAUCCCGCCCUCCUCCACCUACGCCGCCGGCGGGACUAGCAGCGGCGCUGGACCCGGACCUACUAAUUCUCCGCCGCGACCGGGAGCCGUUUCCGCCGCCGUCCGGCCGCGGCCGGUCGACGCGUCGUUAGGAAUCGGGACCGGUUCGGAAACCCUAAUUGACCGCCAGGCCGGGUCCAAGAACCAGUCGCCGGGAGUACAACAGCCGCUGCAGGAGGUACAACCGUUGCAGCAGCAGCAGCCGGCGAAACGGUCGACGAAAGACCGCCACACCAAAGUCGACGGCCGCGGGCGGCGCAUCCGUAUGCCGGCGAUUUGCGCCGCCAGGGUUUUCCAGCUCACCAGAGAAUUGGGCCACAAGUCCGACGGCGAGACGAUUGAGUGGCUGCUCCGGCAAGCCGAGCCGGCCAUCAUAGCCGCCACCGGCACCGGCACAAUUCCGGCCAAUUUCUCCACGCUCAACAUCUCCCUCCGCAGCGGCGGCGGGGCCACCAUGUCGGCUCCGCCGUCGAAGUCCCCGCCGGUAUCGUUCCCCGCCGCGCUAGGGUUGCCCCACCACCACCAUCAAUACGAAGAGAAUUUCUCCCAAAUUUUAGGGUUUCAGCAGCAUCAGCUGCCGGUUCAGCUCCUGCAACCAUCCCAGCACAUUUCCGACUCCUUACCCGGCGGCGACAGCGGCGGCGGACCGGAGGCGCCGGAGAAUUACUUACAGAAGAGAUACAGAGACGAUUUGUUCAAAGAAGAGGAUGCCCCAACUUCUCCUUCAACCAAACAAAUAAAGUCAAACAACACUCUGCACCAAAUGAUGCAGAAAUCGCCGCCGCGGCCGACGAACAUGAUGUGGGCGGUGGCGCCGGCGCCAACCAGCGGCGCCACGAGCAGCACAUUCUGGAUGCUUCCUGUGACGGCCCCCACCGGCGGGGGGGCGGCAUCAACCGCCAGCGUGUCGGAUCAGGCUGCAGGCCCAUCGGAGUCCGCCCAGAUGUGGCCUUUCGCCGCCGGAUACGGCGGCGGCAACACCCUACAAACACCACUCCGUUUCAUGCCCAGGGUUAAUUUUCCGGGGAAUCUCGAAUUCCAAGGCGGCGGAAGGGCGGCGGCCGGUCAGCUGCAGUUGGGAUCAAUUCUGAUGCAGCCACCGCCGCCGCCGCAUGCUCAGCAUUUGGGUUUGGGAGUAUCGCCGGCGGAAUCCAAUUUAGGAAUUUUGGCGGCGCUGAAUUCUCUCUCUAGAGCCGGUUUGAAUCCAAAUUCUGACAAUUUGCGGCAUCAUCAGCCGCCGCCUCAGCCGCCGGAAAAUGCUGACAAUGAUGACGCCGACGAGGACGACGAUGAUCAAAACAGCUCUCAGUAAUACGCGCACGUAUGUAUAAACAUACACAUACACAAAACAAGGUAGCUAGCUCCACCACAUGUGAAGGGUGAGCUGUUGAAGAAGGAUUGAUUUCAAGAAAGGAAAGACGACAGAUGUGUUCAUCACUUCUUCUUUAGGAACCUUUCUUUUUUUUUUUUUUUUUUUUUUUUUUUUUUUGUCAUUGGUGUGGUUUUUUAUUUUUAAAUCACAAUUAUUAGUAUUAUUGAUUUAUUUUUUGGCCAUUAUUUUGGGGUGGAAUUGAUCUUGCCUAGUGCUUUGAAGAAUUUGGAUUUGAAAUUUUGGUCCUAAAUGAGUGUUUGCAAGAGAGAUUAUUGUAUAGUUGAGUUGGCAGUAUAUAUAUUAUUUACAGUCAACCUUUAUUUAAUGAUUUAUUUAUGGUUUAAUUUGUGUGACACAAAAAAAUGAUUGAAUAGAAUAGAAUGAUAUUCCUACUACUACAACAA